ACGCAAGUGCCGUGCCAAAGGCCCGGUGUCCGCGCCGGGGAGUACAGCGAGCGGCGAGUGCGCCGCCAUGACACUUUCCUUUUUACGCUACGAACGCAUCGCUACAAGACGUCGUGUCGCCACAUUUAUACACAAUUUUGUAAAUCCAUUUAUUGAAUCCUAAAAUACAAGUUUUAACAAGAAUACCUGUGCCUCAUUGAAGAAUACUCAAGUUUCGAGCCGGAUCCUUGCCGCUUUGGGAAAUUAUUACGACAUUGCAAGACAAGGCGGAGGGUUAACGAGGAGUUCCACGGGCACAGGUUGACACGUGGCGCAUCAACGAACAAGGCGAGACUCAUCUGGUGCUAGCUGGGACACAAUUGAGAAAAUCGCUGUGCUGUUCUGCUGUAUUCAACUAAGAACCCUUGAAGAGUUUCCAAGGAUGAAUCGAGAGAAAAAAAAAGGCCAGGAAGGGUUUGCUGUGUGGUAUAAGUGAGUCCGUUCCAAUCAUUUAAAAUAGCGCUGUCAAUUAAUGCCUGGUACUGGCAAAAACCAUUUCCACUUUCUCAACAGAGAAAUAUCCACGUCCAAUAUUGCGUCAUCUAGUAUAACCUAGAUGAAUGUAAACGGUGCACAUGCACUGAUUUAAUUGUAAUAGUGUGCCGACUUAUUUCCAAGAACAUUUCAUUUCCAAAAAAUUUCACGUAGACAAUUUCCAUACAUCGCAAUCAUGUGCUAGUGAAUUUCCUUUUCAGAGGUCUGAUUUACUGUGUUGUGUCAGUUUGUGCCAAUGCAGUGCAAGCCAUUGUAAAUUUCUAACAGUUUUCAACAUUCCAGCGGAUCGGAGGGCGGUCAAGUCCACAGCGCGCGGCCUACGUGACUCGCGACGCACGCGUCAUACAUACCCACCCUCUCUGCUUCGCACAGUUUCUGCCGCUGCUUGCCUGCAAACAUUUUCUUGCCUGCUAUAUCAAAAAUUUAAGUAUUGCACAACAUUAUUCUUUCACUAUACUCAAUUCAUCGCGGGUUAUGAUCAUUUGCUUUCAGCUGGGCUGUUUGAGACUGGUUUCAUUGCACUUAUUGACUUGUUUGCACAAUGGAUCUUAAAUCGUUAAAGAAAACCAGAGCUAGUCAUAAAGCAAAGCUUACCAUAUUUAAAUCAUACAUAGAAUCAUUUUUGCCUAAUAAACUUAUAAAUAAAGUACAAGUUCUCGAAACAACAGCUCGUCUAAACAAAAUAAUGGAAUUAUACAGUGAGUUUGAUGCUAUUCAAACGGACAUUGAAAGUCUUGUGGAAAUUCCAGGUGAAGAGCACAAGGAACGGGAGAUAUUUGAAACAAGCUACUUCGGCUGCGUGGCUGUUGCACAGGAGCUGUUGAGUGCUGCCUCUGCAGAGCAGGAGACCGGAUCGGUGACGGGUUCUAGUGACAGCGCUGGAAAGCCGGGUGGGCCAAACAUUAAAUUACCUACUAUCAAAUUGCCGAUCUUCUCUGGACGCUAUCAGGAGUGGCUAGAAUUCCACGACACUUACAAAUCACUUAUACACGACAACACAACUAUACCCAAAAUUCAUAAAUUUCAUUAUUUGCGAAAUUCAUUAAAGGAUAAUGCAGCUUUAAUUAUUAAAUCAUUAGAAUUCUCUGCGGAUAACUAUGAUGUUGCAUGGAAUUUACUAUGCAAUAGAUAUCACAACGAUCGAAUUUUAAUUAACAAUCACAUACAAGAAUUAUUUAAUAUACAACCAGUAGUUGAAGAAUCUUCAAGGGCCUUAAGAAACACAAUAGAUUCAGUCAAUAAAAACUUGAGGGCUUUAAAAACAUUAAAGUUACCUACUGAACAUUGGGACAUGAUUAUUAUACACAUGGUGACUAGUAAGUUAGAUCCAUCUACAAUACGUGAUUGGGAAAAGGAACGUAACAACAUUACACACCUACCCACUUUACAUGAUUUCAAUACAUUUCUAAAAAAUCGUGCUGACAUACUAGAAACCGUGGAAGAAUCAACUACACACAAAAAACAGCAACAGACACAGCGUAGACAAGGCGAUAUCACUCACAAUCGUCCUAAGACAUUCCUAGUUAGCCAAACACAAAGGCAAGCGCACUUUAAGUGUCCUGUGUGCAAGGGUCAUCACACUAUUUACCAAUGUACAAAGUUCAAAUCAAUGCCGAUUGAGACACGCAUUGAACAAGUCAAACAAUUAAAUUUAUGCACAAAUUGCUUGCGUUCAGGACAUGAUGAGCAGCGUUGUAAGCUUAGUUCCUGCAGGCUCUGUACGCAGCGUCAUAACACAAUGUUACACAAUAAUACUACUGUUCCUACGGCUUCAACUUCAUCAGAAGGUUGUGUAGUUUUACCCACAGUACAGGAACAAACACAAACACAAUCAAGCAGUGUCACACUCUCAUCAAUACACCACUGUCAAAAUUGCAGAUCCGAAAUAAAUGGCGCACAGAUAAGGGACAACCGCAGCCAGGAGAUAUGGUCCUCAUCAAGGACGACCGCCUGCCUCCCAACAGAUGGCUGCUGGGCCGUGUCACCACCGUCUACCCUGGCGCUGAUGGUGUCAACCGGGUGGCAGAUGUAGCAACAACUUCAGGAACUUUACGCAGAGCUUGGAAUAGACUCUGCCCACUACCAAUUACGUUGGACCAGGAUGCUGCUCCUGCUCCAAGGGGGCCAGCUUGUUAACGCAAGUGCCGUGCCAAAGGCCCGGUGUCCGCGCCGGGGAGUACAGCGAGCGGCGAGUGCGCCGCCAUGACACUUUCCUUUUUACGCUACGAACGCAUCGCUACAAGACGUCGUGUCGCCACAUUUAUACACAAUUUUGUAAAUCCAUUUAUUGAAUCCUAUAAUACAAGUUUUAACAAGAAUACCUGUGCCUCAUU